AUGUCGGCUUCGAAACUGAUCCACCGCGCCUUGCGCCCAAUUCAAUCGUCCUACAAACCCGCAAUCAACCGUUCAUUCGGCACGAGUGCUCUACGCUUCAAUGAUGCCAAAGACCGCUCCCUCCACAAUGUCCAAAGCUACCGGGAGGACCAGACCAAAAAGCCAUCGAAUCAAUUUGUCCCAAACACCACAUCCACAUUGACCAAGGAUUUCCCUAAUGUCGGUAAUAAGCCCCCGCCGCCAGAAAUGCUGAACUCCGUCGACCCGAAUUACCGUCCUAAUGACCCAUACCCUGGGCGGAUCGAGCACUUCACUGGCGGUCGUCAGGAGAGUGGUGCGCAGAAGCCUGAACUUGGAGUUGGUGAGAUGGAGGGUAUUACUUUUAAGGUUGAGCCUCUGAAGCGGACUGGAGAAGAUGCUACGACCAUGCGGGCUCGGUUAUUAUACCAAAGCCGCAAGCGCGGUAUUCUCGAAUCCGACCUCCUUCUCUCUACCUUCGCCGACGUCUACCUCCGUGAGAUGACCGUCGAGCAGCUCCAAGAAUACGACCGCUUCCUUGACGAGAAUGACUGGGAUAUCUACUACUGGUCCACCCAGGACCCGCCCGAUGUUACCGGGGCGAACCCUCCGGCCGAGGACCAGCUGACGGAGACCUGGAAGGAGACUGGCGCCAAGAGUGGCGAGUGGGCGCAGACUAUUGGUGCAUUCCGGGCUGCGUAUCGCCCUGUCCCAGAGAGGUGGAAUGGAUCUGAAGUGUUGGAGUUGCUGAGAAAGCAUGUGAGGGACAAGAGUGCCACUGGGUUUGAGUCGGCGAAGAAUAGAAAAACUGGCGGCGGUGGUGGAUUGGGACGUAUGCCGAAUGUGCAGGUUUUCAACUCCUGA